GACUGUAGAGUUUUAUCGAAUGACGGCCUGGAUAUGGAAUGGUCGUUUUGGGCAAAGCUGGGCGUCUCGGUCUUCUUUUUCCCUUUGCUGAUUCUUUUCGUCCUGCGGUUUGUGAAGCGACGCCUUGUCUCUCUUAAUGCUGACGUCAAACUCCUGGUGGUUGCCGGUUCUGGAGGACAUACUACAGAAAUCUUAAGGCUGCUUAACAGCCUCUCCAAGAAAUAUUCUCCCAGGCAUUAUGUUUUGGCCGAUUCAGAUAAGAUGAGUGAAGAAAAAAUCCAUUCUUUUGAAGAAAAAAGAGCUGCUAAAUACCCCGAUUCCUCGGAAUUACAGUUUGCCCUCCAUCGCAUUCCCAGAAGUCGGGAGGUCCGUCAGUCCUGGAGCUCUUCACUGCUAACCACCAUUCGUUCUUUAUUUUAUUCUCUUCCUUUGGCCUUCAGGCUCAACCCGGAUGUGGUGCUGUGCAAUGGCCCAGGAACGUGCGUCCCCAUAUGUCUAUCUGCUUUUUUACUCAAAAUACUGGGACUAAAGAAAAUAACCAUUGUGUAUGUCGAGAGCAUCUGCCGUGUUGAAAACCUAUCUCUGUCAGGAAAAAUUCUUUACCACUUUUCAGAUUACUUCAUUGUCCAGUGGCCUGCUCUAAAAGAAAAAUAUCCCCAAUCUCUCUAUUUUGGGAGAAUAGUGUGACAUGCUACGAACAAAUACAACAAGUGCCAGUAUGACCUCUAAACAUUUUUCGGACUCUGAAUUUCUUUCCAAUAUUUCCUAGUACAGUAGUUCACAAGAUCAAGCUAGACCUGAUGGUAAAUCAAACAGACUGUACGUGGGUGUCAUCCAAGGUCCAGAUUUAACACAAAAUACAAGGUCACCCCCCCCAAAAAAAAUCUUGACUGCUAUGUAUAUAUAUUUAUUUUUGUACUCUGGUAUCAUUGCUUUUCAUUCUUUUUAUUAUUGCCAUCCAGAGUCCCUUGUCUGAGAUGGCCAGCUGUAGAAAUUAAACAAAUAAAUAAGGAUGAAUUGAUUAAUAUGACACCAGUACUGAUGUGUUAUGACAUGGCGUUAAAAUACGCAAACAAAGCUUGGUAUGUGAUAUGAACUGAACUAGCAUCUCAGAAUUGAGAAAUUACUGCUACAUUCCCAUUUUUUACUCUUGACUAAACGUUUUUUUCACAAACUACAAAGGUUUGACAACAAUAGUUAAGAUGGCAGUAUACAGUCCCAUUGAGCUUUAUAUGGAAAAAGUCAAUAGAGAAGAUGCUAGUUGUUUCUCCAACUAUCUCUAUUUCCUCAUAGAGAUUCUCCCUGCCAAUUAUCCCUCAUUCCCUCCAGAAUAGAACUGUGUUUUAAGAUAUAGCUCAUGCAGCCUCAUUUUGGAGGAGGGAGGGAGGGGAGAGAGAGAGAGAGAGAUGC